GUGAAUGAAAACAAAAGCGCGUGAUGUAUAGAAUUGACACUCCUCUAAAUGGUCGAACUCUUAAAUGUGAUUGCAAACUCCCCGAAAGCUCAUUUGCAGUGAAGCAAAAACAGUGUUGACACAUUGUUCUGAAAACAGAAAACGCCACAAUGUUCUUCUCGCAAGAUCCGAUGCUUUUAUACCCGCAAUCUCCGUACAUGCAAAACCCGGCCAUACCUCGUAGUCCUCCAAAUCGACCUUCGUUUUUAAUCGAUGAUCUCUUAGUCAGAAGGCAGUCACCUUAUUUGGUGCCAAAACAGCCACAGGAUCAUGGACACGAGCCCGCUCAAGUUUCUGCGAGUAGCAGCAACACGUUCAACUUUGGAAUGCCUACCAUAUUUUCAAGAAGCCGCAAAGAACAUACGUCAGUUUAUCAAGAUCCGAGCCCCGAGGUUCUAAAUUCUCUCCCAGUCUACUUUCGUCUAAAGCCAACGAUGAGAACUCCGAGCGGCCGUAGAUGUCGUAAAUCUCGCACAGUCUUCACCGAUCUUCAGUUACGCAUUCUCGAGAAAACGUUUUCCGAUCAGAAAUACCUCGACACCUCAAGCCGGGCUAAACUUGCUCAGACUUUAGGCUUGAACGAGACGCAAGUAAAAACAUGGUUCCAGAACAGAAGGAUGAAGUGGAAGAAAGAUACGAAACAAAGCAAACCUGCGGGAAGUAUGGAAGGAGACCGCGCACACACAGAAAACGAUAAUCGAGAGAUUAAAAGGGGCGAAGAAGAAAGGGAGAUGGCGAGUGAAAAAGUGUUGGUAAAACGAGAAGACCAGCCCUAACUAAGCUUUUAAAACCGAUCGCAGAGGAACUAACACCUAUCAAAAUACAACUUAAAUAUAACUUAGGUUUGUAAGUUGAGACGCUGCGAACUUUUUUGUUAUAGGCUUGUCACAUGAAUCCAAAGUAGAGAUUAUUUUAUCAUCUGAAUAUAUCAAAGUUCAAAUCGUGUUUCAAAGUCUAAAUGACUUAGCAGGCCGACACUUAAAAGGUUUAGUUUGCAUGGCACAUGAAGCGACAAAGUUUUGGCUGAUGGGAUGUUUAGGAGAAGUGCAAAUCAGAUCGAAGGUGAAGUGAGCUCGAGUAUUUUGCCAAUCAAGAGAAAUUGCACAUGGGCGUGGUCUGCACCAUCAAAGGAACGGCCGGUUUGACAAACGACAGACAAGAAAGCGGCGUCCUUAGCCCUUAAACAACAGGGAUACACAACAGCCGUUGCCUUCAAAUCAGCCUCAGAUCGAUUUGGGGCACGCAUUCUUUUGCUCAACGGAGUUCAACAACCAUUGAAUUUAACCAUGGAUUCCGUACGCUCUUCUCUCGAACUCACAAUAUUAAUUUUAGUACCGCCUAUAAGCUGUAAUUUCCUCUCCUUAUUACAUUAGUAGAGCCACUUUAAAGCAAACAUCACAGUUACUAAACAUUUCACGACAAGAUAAUGGCUGCUUCGGAGUAAAGCGUUGGUGUCAAAACCAACCAUUCAACCAAUAUCAAUUUUUCUCUGCUUAUCUUUCAAGUCUUUCAUUGUGUCGAAGCAGGAAAAUAAGACACAGCUGCGUUAUUAUAAGCUACAAAAAAAAAUAAAAUAUAGAUUUGGAAAUUAACAAUAAUUUCGUUAGUUUUCUCGUGUCUAGUAGUAACACAAAGAGGUCAGUUAAAGACGUUAAAGCUAGCACUACAACCAAAUUUUCAGUAAAAUCUUUUGCCGUAUAACCUACCUGUGUACUCAAUUAGAAUACGUUUUUGUUUAUGAGCGUUAGACUAACACCUUGAGUUAAUAACGAAUGGACAUAUGAGGGAUUUUAAUAAGAAAAGAAAGUCUUAACUGAUCGAAGAGGCUGUGUAAAGAGAUUUGACAGAUAAUGGAACGAAAUUAAGACUCAGUGUGUCAACUUGGUGUUUGUGCAGACGGGAAAUAAGAAAUCAGCUGCUGUUCUUUCCAACAAACUUGUAAUUAAAUAAAUUCUAGUUUUUUCCUUCGCUUUGGAAAACUCCAUUUUGUUAGGCAUUUAAUAGAUCUGUCGAUACGUAACAAAGACAACUUUAAUCUUGAAAUUUCAAUACCAACUACCCCAGUUUUUUUUCCUACGCUUGACGAAGUUUUGUUCAUUUAAUUAUUCGACUUUUUGAUAAAGAGAUAAGCAGUGUUGAGCAGGUCUAUCUAUAUUAAUAAAUCAAUAAGUAAUUAGCUGGACUCAAACGCCCAAUUAUUUCUUCUCGUGAUGACGUCAUAGACUGACAUCUCUCGCCACUUCAUCCCACGAGACAGAAACUGUGCUGUG